AUGGUCGAUUACCUAUGGACUAAACACAGAAAUUGUAAAACAAACGUUUCUCGACAAAAUGCGGUGUCUCGAGGCUCUGUACGCUUCAUUCUACGUGCAAAUCCAUGUGCAAUAUACUUUUUAUCAUCGGCUAUAAUUGAUUUUCUUAUAAUAAAUAUAUUUCUUCUUCUUGGUGUAUUGAAUGCAUGGGAUAAUAAAAUAACCUUAUCUACAGGUAGAAAUUUAUUAUGGUGUAAAAUGUCUAAUUAUCUUCUGCUUGUUUUACCAAUACUUUCAUCUACAUACAUUAUAUUGGCAACAAUUGAUCGUUAUUGUAUAAGUUCAUUAAAUCAUAAAAUUCGACAAUUAAGUAGAGCAAGAACAUCACGCAUAGCUGUUACAGUGACAUUCAUUGUUUGGGCAAUAUUUUCACUUCAUAUUCCAUUGACAUAUGAUAUUAUUAGUCGCACACCCGAAGAACCUAAAUCAUGUACAGUAUCAUAUAAUCAACAAACAUUUAUCAUUAUAGUCAUAGCUUGUUCACAUAUUAUGUGA